AUUAAAAACACCCAAAUUUUAUCCAAAAGACCUGGAACCUUCCACGCAAGCUCUCUGUUCCAAACAUGGCGGCCAGACGGUCAAAGAAUCUCCGUCAAGAGCCUCCGCUCUCUAUAAAAACUCCCUCGACACCUCCAUUUUCGCUAUCCAAUUUCAACUCCCAUCUUCUUCUUCCUUCAGCGACUCAAGAUUUCACCUCCUCCAUCUCAGAUUCAGCCUCAAUUCUUCACUAUGACGCCGAUUUUGGAAUCCGACACCUGCGAGAUGUUCGUCAAAAUCGCCAUGUUCGCCUUUGUUCAGCUUCUUGUCUAUUUGAUCCUCUCCAAAUCCUCCAAUCUCUUCUCCAAUGACCAGAAAUUGAGAUCUCUCAGCUUUAAACCGGCUCGUUCCGUCAGUAUUCGCCGGUUUCUUGCGGCUCUUUCUGACCUUCCUCCCGGUGGCGAGAUUUCUCCGACACCGAGAGUUCAAACUCCGUCAUCUUUUCGCCGGGAUCAUUCCGAUGACGGUGGCAGGUUUUAGGGAUUAGAAUCCGAUCGAAUUGAAUCGAUUCCGAUUGACUCGUAUUGGGUUAGUUAUGUAAAGUGAAAAGGGUGUUGGGGUAAUUUAUGUUAUUUGUUAAAAAUAGAGGGUUGGUUUUGUGAAUUCAGACUAUUUGUAGUUGUUAUUUGAAUGAUUCUUUAGUUCUUUGAUAAUGGAAAUUAUUUGAUUGAAUGAUUGAUUCAUGUAAAA